AUGGCAUCAACUGCGCGCACCACAGGCGCCGAUGCACAGGCGGAAGAGCUGCGGAGGAGAAAUGUAGCCGCACAAUCACAGGCCUCCGCGCCAGUCGCUGCACAAGUACAAGAGAAGGAGAAAUCCAAGGACAAGCCUUUCAACAUCAUCUCCUUCCUCGACGAAUACGAGUUCAUUUGGGCCCCUCUGAUUUUCACCUUCUUCGCCUUCUUCACGCGCAUGUACAAGAUUGGCCUAUCGCCAAUCGUCACCUGGGAUGAAGCCCACUUUGGCAAGUUCGGUUCACACUACCUCAAGCGCGAGUUCUACUUCGAUGUCCACCCACCGCUCGGAAAGAUGCUCGUUGGUCUAUCUGGAUACCUCGCUGGAUACAAUGGCUCGUUUGAAUUCAAGUCUGGAGAGACCUACCCUCCCGAGCUGGACUACACCUUCAUGCGUCUCUUCAACUCUGCUUUUGGCGCUGUCUGCGUUCCGCUGGCAUACUUUACCGCCAAGGAGCUGAACUUCCGCCGUCCGGUUGUAUGGUUCGUCACGCUGGCUGUACUCUGUGAGAACUCGUACACCACCAUCAGCCGUUUCAUCCUUCUCGAUUCUAUGCUCCUCUGCUUCACCUUCACCACCGUCUUCUGCUGGUCCAAGUUCCACCGUCAGCAACAUGACCCAUUCUCUCCUGAGUGGGGUCUCUGGCUGAUGCUCACUGGAGUUUCCAUUGGUUGCGUAUGCAGUGUCAAGUGGGUUGGAUUCUUCGUUACUGCCUUGGUCGGAUUGUACACCAUUGAGGACCUUUGGCACAAGUUUGGAGACCUAAAGAUGCCCAAAGUUGAGCUAGUCACCCACGUCGCUUUCCGAGUCUUCGGCCUGAUUCUCAUUCCCCUCGCCGUCUACAUGUUCUCCUUCUACCUCCACUUCAUCAUUCUCGAGAACAGCGGUCCCGGCGACGCACAAAUGAGCUCUCUGUUCCAGGCUAACCUGCGAGGAACCGAGGUCGGCAAGAACAGCCCUCUUGAGAUCGCAUACGGCUCUCGCACGACUCUGAAGAACAUGGGAUACGGAGGUGGACUGCUUCACUCUCACGUACAGACCUACCCUGAAGGCUCCCAACAGCAACAGAUCACUUGCUACCACCACAAGGAUGCCAACAACGACUGGUUCUUCUACCCCAACCGCCACGAAGUCGAUUACAAGCCCGAUGAGGAGCUCCGCUACCCUGGAAACGGUGACGUUAUCCGUCUCAUCCACGCCCAGACCGGCCGCAACCUCCACUCGCACCAAGUCGCCGCCCCCGUUACAAAGAGCGAUUGGGAAGUUUCCUGCUACGGCAACACAACCGUCGGUGACACCAAGGACCACUGGGUUGUUGAAGUUGUUCGUGACGCUGCUUCGAGGGAUUACUCCAAGCUCCGAACGCUCACUACUGCCUUCCGUCUGAAGCACAAGGAUCUGGGCUGCUACCUCCGCGCUGGCAAUGUCAACCUACCUCAAUGGGGGUUCAAGCAGAUUGAGACAAGUUGCGUCAAGAAGAACAACCCCCGCGACGUCUACACCCACUGGAACAUCGAGAGCCACACCAACGAGAGACUACCCCCGGGCAACCCUGGCGACUACAAGUCACCCUUCUUCCAGGACUUUAUCCAUCUCAACGUUGCCAUGAUGACAUCCAACAACGCGCUUGUUCCCGACCCUGACAAGCAAGACGAUCUCGCAUCCAGCUUCUGGCAAUGGCCCAUCCUGCACGUCGGUCUCCGCAUGUGCGGCUGGAACGACGACAUCGUCAAGUACUUCCUCCUCGGCAACCCCUUCGUCUACUGGGGCAGCACCGCUUCGCUAGGCAUUUUCGGUCUUCUCGUCGUCUUCUACCUGGUUCGCUGGCAACGCGGAUACAACGAUCUCAAGCAAUCAGAGAUCGACCAGAUCCACUACGCAGGUAUCUACCCCAUCAUCGGCUGGGCCCUUCACUACGCACCAUUCGUCGCUAUGGGUCGUGUCACCUACGUGCACCACUACUACCCUGCGCUGUGGUUCGCCAUCAUCGUCAUGGGCUUCUGCCUCGACUUCACCACAAGAAAGCUCAGCAAGCAGGUACAAUGGGCCAUCUUCGCCGUUCUGUACGCCAUCAUCAUCGGCCUGUACGUACUCUUCAGGGCCAUCUCCUUCGGUAUGGUCGGACCCAGCAGCCAGUGGAAACACCUCAAGUGGUUCGACAGCUGGAGGAUCACCGACUAA